AUAGAAAAGUAAUGUGCCUUUAACCUCAAAAAUUAAAAAGGAAAAAUAAAUAAUAAACAGUGUGAUGACGUGUUGAAGAUCUUCCUUGGGCCUCUCCAUCGUCUCUUUUCACCUUCUUCAUCUUUUCCCCUUCCUCAUCCACGUUUUUUUUUUUUUUUACUUGGUGGCAAUCCCUUCCUUACUCCAACCUCUUCUAUCUUCGUCUACUUUUGCACAAGAACCUUCUUCUCCUCCCAGUAAUGGGUUACACAGCUCACGUCUUCUAUUGGGUCAGUCUCUAUUUUCCCAGUUUUUUGUUCACUGUUGUUCUGCAAAAUUUUCCUGGUUUAACAGUGUAUGCUAUGCUUCUUUUGUUUCUGGGGGAAAAUGAGCGCUUUGUUCUUGAAAAAUCACAUUGGAUUCUGUAGCAUUUGUACAAGAACGGAAGUGAAAAAAUGAUGAAGGGAUUUAAUUUUUAUCUGUGCAUAGUUUGUGGGGCUCGUUGUUUUGUACAGAAAAAUGGACAUUUUUUUAUUUGUAUGUGUGGAGAAACUAUGGAGCAGAAUGCGAUUGAAUCUCAGUGUUUUGGAAUAAAAUUUCUUGCUUCCCUAAUGCUAUAUUUAGAUCGAGUAGUGAUUUGCUAUUAGACUUCUUGUGAUAUCUAUGAAGUAAAACUCAUUUACUUUUGGCUCUGCUAUCACUCUUUUCUUGUUCAAUAGGCCCUUAAAUUAGAUUAUCUGUGAGGGAUCAUCUGCAGCUAUUCAGAUUCAUAACCAUUGGUUUCAUUCUGAGACUAAAAUACAGUUAUUAUCCAAUUGUAUAUCCAGUCCCUAUUGCAAUCGAUAAGCUGCUUGCGAGGGUUUAUCAGUGUGCUGAAUUUGGGGAUUUGUUCUGAGUAGAUUAGUUGAUCACACCUCUACAAGAUGCCAUAUUAUAUACAGAGACUUUAUAGGCUAUGCAAAGCAUCCUUUUCACCAAAUGGACCUGUGUCAGAAGAAGCUGUUGCAAAAGUUUGUGAGAAGUUAGAAAAAAUCAAGCCAUCAGAUGUAGGUCUUGAACAGGAGGCACAAAUGGUUCGUACUUGGUCUAGUCAAAUGCCUGAAUGUAAUGGGAACCAUCAACCACCACCACCAAUCAAAUACCUGCAUUUGUAUGAAUGUGACAGCUUCUCUAUAGGAAUUUUUUGUAUGCCCCCCUCAUCUGUUAUUCCUCUCCAUAAUCAUCCUGGAAUGACAGUCUUAAGCAAGCUCUUAUAUGGUUCAGUGUAUGUAAAAUCCUAUGACUGGAUCGAUUUCCCUGGCCCAACUGAUCCAUCUGAAGCUAGAGCAGCAAAGCUUGUCAAAGAUACAGAGAUGAGAGCACCGAGUCCAACAACAGUUCUUUAUCCUACCCUUGGAGGAAACAUUCAUUGUUUUAGGGCAAUAACUCCAUGUGCUAUCUUUGAUGUAUUAUCUCCACCUUAUUCCUCAGAACACGGUAGACACUGCACUUACUUCCGGAAAUCCCAGAGGAAAGAUCUUCCAGGUAAUGCUCAAUUGAAUGGAAUUACAGUUUCUGAUGUGACAUGGUUGGAAGAAUUUCAGCCCCCCGAUGACUUUGUGAUCCGUAGAGGGUUGUAUAAGGGUCCUGUCAUUAAAACUUGAAGAUUCUCUUGUUUUCUGUAUUUUACCUUGAAAAAGAGUAGGUUACAUUACAACAAAGAGAAUUGUGGAACGAGUUGUCAGAAAGCCAAUACAAUAAUAUUUUAUUCUUUUGGCUAUGUCAGUUAGGCAUUUGGUUUGUACAUAACAAUGCGGUGCUAUUUGUAGUCUCUUUUAAGUCACUGACCUCAGCUUAAUCCAGUAGAUUAGUUACGGAAUUUUAAAAAAGAUGAUGAGUGGGCUUAUUAAAUUUUGUUUCUUUAUUGUUGAGAAUAAGAUACAAUAUCAUAUCAUUUUUGUUUUAUCUUUGUUUCUUUGCCAUGUGUUUACUUGUGUAUCUUAUGCCAUAGCUAAGUAUCGAAGUUGGAGGGAAAGUAAUUAGAUCUGAAAUGUUACUCUAAUCUUGAUUUUCUUGUGUGAAUUAUGGGUGCUUUUAAAUACGCUAUUAACGUGUUCGAAAGACUUUUCAAACUGUUCACAAAAGUUAAUUGCGUAUUUUCUUUUAAAUAUAACUAGCAUAUUUGCGUUUUAUCCAUUAUACUGAGGUUAAUUCCGUUCAACAAAAUUUAGCCUCUGUUUUAAAAUCAAAUAAUUCACAUGUGCACUGAUGAAAAUUACACGUACUUUUGUAAAUAUAUUGUUUGGAUCAAUUUAAAUAUAUAUUUUAGUAUGUAAUGAUUUAAAAUUAAUUUUAUUAUAUUCUAAAUGAGUACUCAUUAUAUGAAUGUCAUAUUUUUAAUAUAAAUUUCAAGCAAAAUAAUGGCACGUGCGUACUAUUUUGUUCCCCGAACACAUCUCUUACAACUGGAUCCAGAUAAGUGUCCUUUUAAUCAAAUAUUAUGAUGUGUCAAACUUUAUAUAGUUUACGAAAAAAA